CUAUGUGUCUCUAUGGUUCCCUAUGGUUCUCUAUCGUUCUCUAUGGGUCUCAAUGGAUCUCUAUGGGUUUCUAUGGGUCUGUGUGGGUCCCGCCGUGGGUCCCGCUAUGGGUCACACGCCGUGGGUCGCGCAGGCGUCCCUGGACCAGCCGACGCAGACGGUGCAGAUGCACCGCACGGAGCCCACGGCCCAGCAGAACCUGGCGCUGCAGCUGGCCGAGAAACUGGGAGCGCUGGUGGAGAACAACGAGCGCGUCCUGGACCACAAGCAGGGCUCCUUCGGGGGAUACUUCCGAGAUCAGAAGGACGGCUACCGAAAAGGGGACGGCGGCUACCUGCGCCGUGGGGCGUACCGGCAGCAGGAGCGCUCCUCCAACUACUGAGCCCCACAGCGCUGCCCCACGGAUCGGCCCUGCCCCACGGAUCGGCCCUGCCCCAUGGAUCGGCUCUGCCCCACAGAUCGGCUCUGCCCCACGGAUCGGCCCUGCCCCACGGAUGGGCUCUGCCCCACAAUAAAGUAGUGUUGGUAGUGA